AAAUCCAAAGAUUAGUGCCUUUCGGUGUAAAAGAGUAUAUACACACUCCCUUUAUAGCUAUUCAUCAACAGCCAUUAUUUUAAGUUGGUACAAAAUACAAUUUUUAGCUGGUGGCUCUCUACUAAUUACAAAGUAGCCAGCACAGCAAACUUUGGUUUUAAUGCCUGGAGAGCACACCCAGCAAUAUUUAGCCAGGCAGAAGGGGCAGACUGAUUAAAAAAAGAAAGCCAUAAUAGUUUCGAUUGUUAAGGCCAACUGGGCAAAUUAAAAAUCUGGACACUGAGGGUUAGGAAAGACAGAAACAAGGCAGUGAGCUGGACAAGGAUACGGUAAUAGCACAGAGGAUUAAUUUAAGGGGCAUUCCGAUGGAGAAGGCUGGCUGCGCCUAGAAAGGUGGGGAGGGGCUCGCAGGAGAUGGAAAAGCACGGGAGAGCGUGCACAGCUUAAAAAAGUUUUUCUGAUGGCUCCGUCCGUAAUUUCGGAAGGUCGGGGCCGGGUGCUGGCGUGAUCUGAGCACGGCGGCGGCCGCAGGGGCAUCCCGGAUCCGGGCGCAGCGUCCGGAAUUCCUGAGAUGUCUGAAACGCGGAGGCGGCCUCCUCCCCGCCCCCACCGCGGCCUCCGUGGGCAUUUUCCGGCGAGGGGGGCACGCGAGCCCUUCCAAGAACAGUUUAAACGCGCGGACGACCGCGGCCGCGCGCCCCCCAGGAGAAAGGCGAGCGCCGCGCCGGAAAGCGUGUUAUAGUUUUGCCGCUGGACUCUUCCCUCCCUUCCCCCACCCCAUCAGGAUGAUAUGAGACUUGAAAGAAGACGAUGCAUACAGGAGGAGAGACUUCAGCAUGCAAACCUUCAUCUGUUCGGCUUGCACCGUCAUUUUCAUUCCAUGCUGCUGGCCUUCAGAUGGCUGGACAGAUGCCCCAUUCACAUCAGUACAGUGACCGUCGCCAGCCAAACAUAAGUGACCAACAGGUUUCUGCCUUAUCAUAUUCUGACCAGAUUCAGCAACCUCUAACUAACCAGGUGAUGCCUGAUAUUGUCAUGUUACAGAGGCGGAUGCCCCAAACCUUCCGUGAUCCAGCAACUGCUCCCCUGAGAAAACUUUCUGUUGACUUGAUCAAAACAUAUAAGCAUAUUAAUGAGGUUUACUAUGCAAAAAAGAAGCGGAGACACCAACAGGGUCAGGGAGACGAUUCCAGUCAUAAGAAGGAGCGGAAGGUUUACAAUGAUGGUUAUGAUGAUGACAACUAUGAUUAUAUUGUAAAAAACGGAGAAAAGUGGAUGGAUCGUUACGAAAUUGACUCCUUGAUAGGCAAAGGUUCCUUUGGACAGGUUGUAAAGGCAUAUGAUCGGGUAGAGCAAGAAUGGGUUGCCAUUAAAAUAAUAAAGAACAAGAAAGCUUUUCUAAAUCAAGCCCAGAUAGAAGUGCGACUUCUUGAGCUCAUGAACAAGCAUGACACAGAAAUGAAAUACUACAUAGUGCAUUUGAAACGCCACUUUAUGUUUCGGAACCAUCUCUGUUUAGUUUUUGAAAUGCUGUCCUACAACCUCUAUGACUUGUUAAGGAACACCAAUUUCCGAGGGGUGUCUUUGAACCUCACAAGAAAAUUUGCGCAACAGAUGUGCACUGCACUGCUUUUCCUUGCGACUCCAGAACUUAGUAUCAUUCACUGUGACCUAAAACCUGAGAAUAUCCUUCUUUGUAACCCCAAACGCAGUGCAAUCAAGAUUGUUGACUUUGGCAGUUCUUGUCAGUUGGGGCAGAGGAUAUACCAGUAUAUUCAGAGUCGCUUUUAUCGGUCUCCAGAGGUGCUACUGGGAAUGCCUUAUGAUCUUGCUAUCGACAUGUGGUCCCUUGGGUGUAUUUUGGUUGAAAUGCACACUGGAGAACCUCUAUUCAGUGGUGCCAAUGAGGUAGAUCAGAUGAAUAAAAUAGUGGAAGUUCUGGGUAUUCCACCUGCUCAUAUUCUUGACCAAGCACCAAAAGCAAGAAAGUUCUUUGAGAAGUUGCCAGAUGGCACUUGGAACUUAAAGAAGACCAAAGAUGGAAAACGGGAGUACAAACCACCAGCAACCCGUAAACUUCAUAAUAUUCUUGGAGUAGAAACAGGAGGACCUGGUGGGCGACGUGCUGGGGAGUCGGGUCAUACGGUAGCUGACUACUUGAAGUUCAAAGACCUCAUUUUAAGGAUGCUUGAUUAUGACCCCAAAACUCGGAUUCAACCUUACUAUGCCCUGCAGCACAGUUUUUUCAAGAAAACAGCUGAUGAAGGUACAAAUACAAGUAAUAGUGUAUCCACAAGCCCUGCGAUGGAGCAGUCACAGUCUUCAGGCACCACCUCCAGUACAUCGUCAAGCUCAGGUGGAUCAUCGGGGACAAGCAACAGCGGGAGAGCCAGGUCAGACCCGACGCACCAGCAUCGGCACAGCGGUGGGCAUUUCACAGCUGCCGUCCAGGCCAUGGACUGUGAGACACACAGUCCCCAGGUGCGUCAGCAAUUUCCAGCUCCUCUUGGCUGGUCAGGCACUGAAGCUCCUACACAAGUCACUGUUGAAACCCAUCCUGUUCAAGAAACAACCUUUCAUGUAGCCCCUCAGCAGAAUGCAUUGCAUCAUCACCAUGGAAACAGUUCCCAUCACCACCACCACCACCACCACCACCACCACCACCAUGGACAGCAAGCCUUGGGUAACCGGACCAGGCCAAGGGUCUACAAUUCUCCAACAAAUAGCUCCUCUACCCAGGAUUCUAUGGAGGUUGGCCACAGUCACCACUCUAUGACAUCCCUGUCUUCCUCAACAACUUCUUCCUCGACAUCUUCCUCCUCUACUGGUAAUCAAGGCAAUCAGGCCUACCAGAACCGCCCAGUGGCUGCUAACACCUUGGACUUUGGACAGAAUGGAGCUAUGGACGUAAAUUUGACCGUCUACUCCAAUCCCCGCCAAGAGACUGGCAUAGCUGGACAUCCAACAUACCAAUUUUCUGCUAAUACAGGUCCUGCACAUUACAUGACUGAAGGACAUCUGACGAUGAGGCAAGGGGCUGACAGAGAAGAGUCCCCCAUGACAGGAGUGUGUGUGCAACAGAGUCCUGUAGCUAGCUCGUGACUACAUUGAAACUUGAGUUUGUUUCUUGUGUGUUUUUAUAGAAGUGGUGUUUUUUUCCAAAAACAAAGUGCAAAGCUGCUUGAAUCAGAAGGAGAUUAACACACUGAACCGCUACAAGAGGGCAAAGCUGACUUUUUUUUUUUUUAAACUUGAAAAGAUUGCAAAGGGACAAUGAAGUUUUUAAGAGCCAUGUCCAAAUCCAUCUUCACGGAUAGCUCAGAGGUAUCCUCUUUUUGCCUCCCCCAUUUAACUUGCCACCUCCUAGUCAUAGUGGGGUUUUUUUUGUCUUUCUAUUCAACAAAAAAGUUAAUGUUCAGAUGUUGGUCUUGGUCGUUUGCCAACUAAUUUUGAAAUAAAAAGGCACUGCACAUAAUUUGCAUAGGGCCCCAUUAGGGUGUUUUUGUUUUUUCCUCCUCCCCCCCUUUUCCUUUUUCUUUUUUUGUUUUUGUUUUUAUUUGGGUGGGGGUGGGGUGUGGAUUUGGGUUUUUAAGUCCUCUAAACACACUUGGGCACCGAAAUGCAGUACUGUAAGGAAGAGGGACCUCCAGCUUACACAAACAUCAUCUUCAGCUGUAUGAAAGGGACGAUUGUGUUGAAGUUUGUAAGGCACAUUAAGCAUGCUAAGUGGCGGGGAUCAGAACUCUCCUAUCUGAACCUACUGAGGAGCAAAGCAGCAAUUACGUGGGAUCCUGUGGGCCUCCUGUUGUGGAGGCCACAGGAAGAUGGGAGUGGAACGUGACUGGUCUCCUAACCAAGGUGCACUGAGAAGCAAUCAACGGGUCAGUCGUGGCCAGUCCUGGGGAGGUCUGAGUGGUGGUCUUUGGGAUAACCUUUGGCCUUAUGGAUUUGGACUCGAAAUCAGAAGAGCCUACCAUUUCAGAUGCAAUCACUUGUGGACAUGCUUUUGCAGACAGUCCUUAAUGCUGAAAACACAGAGAAUGGGUAAUUCAAGAGGCCUUUCUUUUAAAAUAGACUUUUGUGACCCACUAAUUGUAAGGUAUUGCAAGGUCACUUUGCGUGUGUCAUAAAGUUGACUUCCUUAUUGGUUGAAGGUCACAGAAGUAGUGGUUUGCUUUGAUGGAAAUAGCUACAGCUGUGUCCCUUCCUGCUUUUUACUUUUUCUUUUGCUUUUUCUCGGCACGUGGUAUCUCCACCAUUUCUUCUGCACAAAGAUGUCUUCUGUUCAUCCUGAACAUUUUUAAAAAAUGCAGAAUUUUAUGUGACUGCUUUUUUGCCUCACAAUUAUGCUGUGAAUUUUACAAAAAUUUAUUUUCUUUUUUGAUAAUUUAUUGUACCAAAGCUGUUUUUAUAGCACAUAGAUGUCUGUAACCAAUAAUGUAGCAGUUCUGCACUUUGACACAAGGUGUAACUAGACCAUUUUUAAAUGUCAGUUGAAAAUUAUGGCUGUACUAUUGCUUAAACAAAACUGGAACUGUUGUUGAAUCCAUAGCCAAUACAUUUACAGCAAUCUGUGUACUGAACAUAAUAGAUUGACAUCUAAUUCAAGAUUACAACAUCUGUCACAUUCUAAAUGUGUUCAGGCUUCUGAAGGUAAAGGGACACUGGAUCCAGAAGCUAUGGAGCCAGCAGUUGAUUCUUGUAUUCCUGAUUAACCUACUUGUAAACUUGAACGAAAGACCUUGAUUGCACCAACAGGUCCAAACUAGGAGCAGGAGUAAAGCAGAACUCUUGAGCAUGACCUGAAGUGAACAGGCUGGUAUUUUACAGGUGCCUCGUUUUGAGAUUAUGCUGCCUUAAUGUAACACAGUCUGGCAGUUGCUAAAUUUGUGUUCCCAUUUUAAAUUGACCAAUUUUAGGGUGUAAUACUUUUGAGUGGUUAAAUUGGGAGAAUGAAGAUGUAGUAAUUUACCUGUCCAGGAUCAAAAGAAGCCUAGAAAAGAAGCAGUAAUCUACCUCUGCCGAUAACCCUGUUCGAAACAACUCAGCAGAACACCACGUUACUUUUUAUUGGUCAACUCCAUGUGGCUGACUAGGUCAAUUUUUUCUGAACAAAACAGGUUUUUAUAUGUAAACAGUGACAAAAGAAAGGCUUAAAACUAUGUAAAUGUGAAUGGAAACUUGGAAAUAUCCGUUUUUAUAAACCACAAAAAAUUUUUGUUGUUAAUCAGGAAAUCCAUAUUUAUUUUGUAAUUAAAUGUCAAGCCUGUGGAUGAUUUUUUUUUUUUUUGAACUUGGUAGUUCAUAAAGGUUUACAGUGAAUAAAAGGAUAUCACCUUGAGUAUAGCAAUAUCAAACAGAAUCCAGUAGUUACUGCUGUUUAGGAAUGUGGAACGUGAGGUUAAAACACUAUAUGGGUCAGGUCAUUUUUUUUUUUUCUGUGCUGGUUGCCACAUCUUAGCAAGCACCAAAACAAACAAACAAACAAACAAAAAAAAACAACAAAAGACAAACCACAAAACCCCCUAAAACAGUUUUUAAACCAAUAUUUACAUAAAAUAAGUCAUAAAAUCCAAUGCUUCUGCAUACUGUGUUAUGUUACAGUCCAGUUUUGUGUGCUUUACUACACAGUUUGGUUACAGGACUUCUGUGCAUUGUAAACAUAAACAGCAUGGAAAAGGUUAAAUACCUGUGUUCAGAUUGUAAGAUCUAGUCCGGACUUGCUGUGUAUAUUGUAACGUUAAAUGAAAAAGAACCCCCCUUUGUAUUAUAGUCAUGCGGUCUUAUGUAUGAUAAACAGUUGAAUAAUUUGU